GAGAAAAUUCCGAAGAAUGAUAAAAAAAACAUGUAGGCCUAUGCAAUUCUAAUCGUCUUUAUGAAAGUUUACACAAACUAUGAAGCUAUGAAAUAGAAAUCGCCAGGAUUCCUUGUUAUUCCCAUUGACAUAUAAUGUUGCGUUUGAGCCUUUUAAAACUGUGAUGUCUAUUAGACUAUUACCAAUAUGAAGAUGAUACCGUGGAUUCGCAGACAGAUUGCAAAGAAUUUGAGACUACCUCAGAGAGGACUGUUUGGAUAUUACAUAUCGAGAGUUUUUCAGAAGAGGAAUUCUUUCCUUGAGCGAAAUGCUGUUGAACUCUGCAACAUCCAGCCUCAUCAUCAAGUUCUCGAGGUGGGCUUCGGCCCGGGUAUAGGCCUGGAAGAAGCCUAUCGCUACAUAAAAGAUGGUCCAGGAAAGGUUCACGGAGUUGAUCUGUCCGAGUACAUGGUAUCCAUGGCAACUGGCCGAUUACAGCAACAGAUUGACGAAGGGAAGGUUGUUCUUCGUAUGGCAAGUGUCGACAACUUGCCGUACAACACGGACACGUUCGACGCGGUGUACCACUGUAACUCGUACUACUUCUGGCCCGGCCCCCGCGAGUCCAUCAGAGAACUGUAUCGAGUGAUGAAACCAGGUGCAACCAUGGUUACCACUUUGAAUUUGAACAGAAUAAAGAAGAUUGCAAAACAAGGUCUAAUCACAAAUCGAAGCUACGACCCUCUCAGAUUCAUGAUGUGUUUGGAACAGUACGGAUUUGAAAAUGUAAAGUUUAGAUAUUUAACUGUUAGGGGUCAAACAUUCGAGGCGAUAUUUGCUGAAAUAACACAAAAACCUGUUUAUUUUGAUCUAGAUAAAAUUGAAACAGAUGCCAGUGAAUCUAAAGACUGCGAUACACCAGAAAAGACAGUGGAUUUAAAAGUGAAUGAAAAGGUUUGAUGUGCUGUUAACUAGCUAUGUCAUCAUAUGUAUUAAUAAAUGUUUUUAAUAUA